GGAAAUGGUUAGAUGAUCCAGUGUAUAAAAGGCGUCGCAAAAUACCAAACUGUAUCAGUUAACUGUUUGAGUUCGAUUAAUACAGUCGUAGCAUUCAGCUAAAUUACAAAAAAAAAAUUUACCUAAACCUUUCAAAAUGUUCAAAUUGAUUGUCUUGUCUGCUCUUUUCGCUUUGGCCGCUGCCAAACCAAGCUACUUGCACGCUCCAGCCACCGCCGUCAUCAGCCCAGCUGUUACCAAGAUUGUUCAACCAGCACCACUUGUCUACUCAACACCUGAACAUGUUGGUUCAGUCGUCUCAAGCGUGCCAACUGGUGUCUCAGCUCACUCAUCAUCAGUAGUCCACAGCACCGGUGCCGUUGUCACCCCAGUUAUUACCCCAGUACACAAGACCAUUGUUGCCGCUCCAGUCGUUCAUGCUGCUCCAGUCGUUCAUGCUGCUCCAGUUGUUGCCGCCCCAUACUACAAGAGCUAUGCUGCCCCAAGCUAUGCCUCCUAUAGCUCAUAUGCCUCACCUUUGGCAUACUCAGCUCCCCAUGCCUACAGCUCAUACGGUGCCUACGCUCCACACUCAUUGUGGUAAACAUGUCAACAGCUUCAACACUGAGAUGAGCCAACCAUACCAUCAAAAAGCCAUUCAGACGCAGUCAAAAUCGAAUUGCUCGCAACAAUUCGAACAUUUUGCACAUUCGAUUCAAACGAUCGUUCGAUUCUUUUGAUUGAAUUUUCAUUUGCUCUCUUUUUUAAUUAUUAUUUUAUUUUCUUUUUUGUUUUGUUUUUAAUUGUAUGCAAAACAAAACAGAACAAAAAACAAACUCAUCAAAAUUGACCAUUGUGAGACCAUCAUCACAAACGAUCAUUUUGGAAACAAACCACCGAACACCAUCUAUUUCGAAUGUGAAAAAAAAUCUAUUGUAAAAAAUUUUUACCGGAAAAAGCAGAAUAAAAAAAAUUAUUCUAAAAAAAAACA